AACCGAAAAUUGAACCCUAAACGACGCUGUUAUCUCUCUUCUUCUCCCUCUCUCCUCUGUCCUUGCGACCAAAAUCAAAAGUGAAAGCUACGGAUGUGAAAUGCAGAAGAUUCUGUGCAAGACCACCACUUGCUCAACCCCUCUUACCUCCGUCGCCGGCGGUCUUAUCCCUUCACAACCCAUCGCCCUCUCUCGAAGGUUGAAAACUACUUCCCCUAUGCCGACGAUAACCACACCCUCUGUUUCCACAAACGGCGCCGUUUACUCCUCGAUUCUGCAGAGAAACCGUCCCCGCAGAGUAACGGUACCGUUCUCAACCUCUCUCCGGUGCCCAAUCAACUGUAGAAUCCACGGCCGCGGUCUGAGCUCUGUUAAUGCUGUUGACGGUGACGGAGAAUACGAGAAGCCGAUGAGGAUAAUGAGCCGUCGAAAUAGACGGAGCUCUAACGGCGACGGUUAUCCAGAUUUACUCAAGAUCCCUGGUGUGGGCCCAAGGAACCAGAGGAAGCUUGUUGAUAACGGAAUCGGAGACGUUGCGGAGCUCAAGAAGCUCUACAAAGACAAGUUCUGGAAGGCAAGCCAUAAGAUGGUUGAUUACCUUCGCAUCUCUGUCGGGAUCAUACACAGGAACCACGCAGAGAGCAUCACAACGUUCAUCAAAGAGAGCGUGGACGACGAGCAGCUCAAGGAGCCUAAUGCGAACACCAAGAAGCGUUUGACGUUUUGUGUUGAAGGGAACAUUAGUGUGGGGAAAUCGACUUUUCUUCAGAGGAUAGCGAAUGAGACUAUUGAGCUGCGUGACCUCGUUGAGAUAGUUCCUGAGCCGGUUGAUAAGUGGCAGGAUGUUGGACCUGACCAUUUUAAUAUAUUAGAUGCUUUCUACUCUGAGCCGAAGAGGUAUGCUUAUACUUUCCAGAACUAUGUGUUUGUCACGAGGCUGAUGCAGGAGAAAGAGUCUGCUUCUGGGGUUAAGCCUCUUAGGUUGAUGGAAAGGAGUGUCUUCAGUGAUAGAAUGGUGUUUGUGAGAGCUGUUCAUGAAGCGAAAUGGAUGAACGAGAUGGAGAUAAGCAUCUACGACUCUUGGUUUGAUCCAGUGGUCUCUUCUUUACCUGGACUUGUUCCUGAUGGGUUUAUAUACUUGAGGGCGAGUCCUGACACUUGCCACAAGCGGAUGAUGCUAAGGAAACGAGCAGAAGAAGGUGGAGUCUCGCUGAAGUACCUCCAGGAUCUGCACGAGAAGCAUGAGAGCUGGCUCCUCCCAUUUGAGAGUGGGAACCAUGGGGUACUGUCUGUUAGCAAACCGUCUUUACAGAUGGAUAACACUCUGCAUCCUGACAUCAAAGACCGUGUCUUUUACUUGGAAGGAAACCAUAUGCAUUCUAGCAUCCAGAAGGUACCUGCUCUUGUUUUGGACUGUGAACCAAAUAUUGACUUCAGCCGAGAUAUUGAAGCAAAGAGACAGUAUGCACGCCAGGUUGCUGAGUUCUUUGAGUUUGUGAAGAAGAAGCAAGAAACAUCAAACGACAAGAGCAACAGUCAGUCUCCGUUGCUGAUACCUCCUCAACAUGGAGGUCUCUGGAUGGGACCAGAAGGCAAGCAUGUCCCCGGAUUAGAACUCCAGUCUCUUGAUUUCAGAAAGGCGAUGUCCCUCAUAACUAUACCGUCUUAGACUGUCCAUGGACUCUGUGUUUUUUUUUUUUUGCUCUUAGGAGCAUCGUCCGGUUAUGUAUGUCAAUAGGUAUGGUCAGCUUUUUCUUUGUUCGUCUCCCUCUUAGAUGUAGAAACAAGGUUUGUUUCGUUAGUUAUAACUUAUAAUCCUUUCUGUAGAGAAAGUUGAUAUCUGGAUACUUUUAGGGGGUGUAUUCAAUUGAGAGUUUCAGGUGA